UUGAAUUGAGAUAAAUGGAGGAGGAAGAAGAAGGGGGGCAUUUGUCUGAGCUUGCGACUGGAAAGUGAUCUCUGAGAUUGUUCUCUGCCAUGGCUUUCUCUAUGCAGCUUUACCGUCUUGCCACUCGUACAGAUGCGGCCUUGCCGGAGAGUUUCCCCGGAGUUCGAUCGGUUCGGUGUAGGAAGCCUCUGUCCGUGAGAUGCGACGGCGAUUCUUCUGCUUCUGCUUCUGCUUCUGCUUCUGCUUCUUCGUCGUCGGUGGCUGUGGAUUCCAAUUUUGAUGCCAAGGUGUUCCGGAGGAACUUGUCGAAGAGUGAGAAUUACAACCGCAGAGGGUUUGGUCACAAGGACGAGACUCUGGCGCUUAUGAAUAGCGAGUAUACGAGUGAUAUCAUCAAGACUCUGAAAGAAAAUGGAUUUGAGUAUACGUGGGGAGAUGUUACUGUAAAAUUGGCGGAAGCAUAUGGAUUUUGUUGGGGAGUUGAGCGAGCAGUCCAGAUUGCUUAUGAAGCGAGAAAGCAAUUUCCUGAGGAGAAAUUAUGGUUAACCAAUGAAAUUAUUCACAACCCAACUGUUAACAAGCGCUUAGAGGAUAUGGAAGUCCAAAACAUUCCACUUGAGGAUGGAAAGAAACAGUUUGAAGUGGUUGGCAAGGGUGAUGUUGUGAUUUUGCCUGCAUUCGGAGCUGGCGUGGAUGAGAUGUUGACAUUGAGUGAAAAAAAGGUGCAAAUCGUUGAUACAACUUGCCCAUGGGUUUCAAAGGUUUGGAACGUCGUGGAAAAGCACAAGAAAGGGGAGUUUACUUCAAUUAUUCAUGGUAAAUAUUCUCAUGAAGAAACUGUAGCAACAGCAUCCUUUGCAGGAAAAUAUAUAAUUGUCAAGAACAUGGCAGAGGCAACAUAUGUGUGUGACUAUAUUCUUGGAGGCGAACUUGAUGGAUCGAGCUCAACCAAAGAAGAGUUUAUGAAGAAAUUCAAAAAUGCAGUCUCACAAGGGUUUGACCCAGAUACUGACCUAUUAAAGGUCGGGAUUGCAAACCAAACAACAAUGCUCAAGGGAGAAACAGAAGAGAUUGGUAAACUAGUUGAAAGAACUAUGAUGCGCAAGCACGGAGUCGAAAAUGUCAACGAGCAUUUCCUCAGUUUCAAUACAAUAUGCGAUGCUACUCAAGAACGUCAAGAUGCGAUGUACAAGCUCGUAGAGGGAAAAGUGGAUCUCAUGUUAGUUGUUGGUGGAUGGAAUUCCAGUAAUACUUCUCAUCUUCAAGAGAUAGCUGAGGAGCGAGGCAUUCCCUCUUAUUGGAUUGAUACUGAGCAGAGAAUAGGCCCAGGAAACAGAAUAGCUUACAAACUGAAUCAUGGGGAGUUAGUUGAAAAGGAGAACUGGCUACCCAAGGGUCCUAUCACGAUCGGUGUCACAUCCGGGGCGUCAACCCCUGAUAAGGUAGUCGAAGAUGUUCUUAUCAAAGUCUUCAACAUUAAGCGCGAACAAGCAUUGCAGUUUGCAUAAAUUUAUAGGUUAGUAGUUCAAAUGAACUUGUUAGAGACAAGAGUUAUAUGAUUGUAAAUGUGUAACUGAAAGAUGGUACCUUCCCUUUAUCAAUCAUAUAGCUUCUUGUAUCAAAAUAGUUAUGUUGGGCAGUAGUAAAGGUCCUAGUUCUCCACAGAAAUGUAUCACAAGUAGUUCAACGAGUAUGUCGACCUUCAACGUUGUCGAAUCGUACAUGUUUUGUAACAACGUAGAUAUUUAAGUGAAGUAAAGGGGGUUUCAGAAAAA